AUGCAACGACGAGCGUACGGCAAACCGUCCCCUGCUGGUGUGCUGGUCUACCCGGAGUCGUCCCCGUUGUUCAUUCAUCUACAUCGGUGCGGUACUACCGUCGGUGGUGGUCGGUGGUGGUUAUAGUGGGCCGUCGGUGGUUGCGGGAAGCAGGAAGCAGCUCCCCCCUCCCCCACGAGUUCGGUCGAAUUUUUCAACCGUGGUGGAAAUCUUCUCUAGAUUGUCCAUGUCUCGAUUCGAUUGCUAUUGCUGCCACUCAUCGGAAAUAGAAGGCUACUGUAAGUGAGCGCGCGCGCCUGUGUGUGUGUGUGUGUCGAUUGGUGAAGUAGUGAGAGCAGUUCGGUUGUGCAGUGUGAUGGAUGGCAGUCGAUUCAUCCUGCAGGAAACUUGAAGGAUACAGGUCUUCCCCCGGACCACUCGACGGGAGCAGCAGCUGCUGCUACGGCUGGUGCCGCAGAAGCAAUAGUAGAAGUUAGCAGCAACCUCAAGGCCUCUCGGCAGGCAGGGCACACAACGUUCAGCGGCCAGCGGACGUGCUGUCUGCCGUGUAUUCCGUCCGGGUUGUUCGUGGUGGGUGGGUUUUUUGGUGCCCUGCUGCUGUACGAUCGGAGCCACCCGUGAGUGCGUGAUUGUUCUUCCCUUUGGUGGUGGACCGAUUUCCCGUGAAUUCCUUUGUGCUUUGGCAACCGGACCCAGUAUCGUGUACGGUGAUGGGGGAGGGCCCCCUGACGGGAGAUGCAACCACCCCAACGUUACAUACCGUCAGUUUCUGAUUUAUACGGUACGGACGAAAUAGAGUUCCUCCUGGACGAAAUACGGGAUCUCGAACCAGCCUGCUGUCAGCUGGAGGACAUCCAGGACUUUGAAAUAGCUGGCAGCAGAGCAGGGGAGCUUUCCAUAUCGCUCGAAUCACCGAUCGGCACGUGCACGUCCUGGGAUUCGCAUGCACAUUACCGUCAAAGGAUAGGGAACACACCGCUACCGUGGGGCGUUGCGCUACACUGCGACGCCUCACAUCUUACCAGCCCGACCGGCAUCGUGCGGAUACUGCUGGUGGUCUCAUCCGCCGCAUGUCUUGCCUGUGAGUGUUCCGCCGGCACGGUACAGGUCGGUCUGUUUCUACUGCCAUUGAUUGGGCGCCUGAGGUUGAUGGUUUUUUGUGCCCUGUUCUCCUUGUUAGUAACCUGUUUGAUGCUGUUUUUGGAUAUCUCACACAUAGCAUUGAUGUUUCCCUUCAACUGGGGAAGGUUGAAUGCAUGGAUGUACCUGACGAUUGGUUUAUUAUUUAUUGUGGGCUCAUCGUUGCUAAUACAUAUGGUGUUUUUCGCUGAAGAAUUCAUGUGGGUGCCAAAGCACUCCAAGGACACACUAUUCAUAUCAGCGAUUCUUGGAUACAUCUGCUCGAUCGAAGCGUUCGUACUGGCGGCCCUGACGAAAUGCCCAUCCCAGUACCGGCACGUGAUCGACGAGUACAGCGACAUGUGCUUGGAGGAGCGCGAACUGAGCCCCAUCUGUAGUAACGACAUCACAAACCACAACCACACUACGGCUUCGAACGAUCUGUCGAACCAUCGCAGCUAUAAUAAAAUCGAAACGGGUGAUAGCAUUACUCCAACGUGUAACCAAAAACCUUAUAUACCAGUUAAACGUCCCGACCAAUCGUAUAAUCAGCGACCUACCCUAGGUAAUAUGCAGAAGUCUAAUCAUCGCAAUCGUCAGGGUUACCACUAUCAACCAAUAGCCUCAACGUCCCGGCAAAGUCCAACGUUCGUGCUGGACGAGGAUGCACUGCCGGGCCCAUCGUCCCGCUCGCUCGACUACUCCAGUGCGUGAUGCAUCCGGUAUCGGGUAUCGGACACUAGUUACCGCAACGCUGGACACUUCCCGAGCGCACCGACCGCACCCGCGCGGUGGUUUUAUCAGACAAAAAUAUCGAAACAUCGUUGGUUUCCGUUUCUAGAGACGUUUGUGUCGGUUAAGUAUUUCCUAUAAGUAUUACCGGACCCUCAGCAAGAAAAGACCCGCCAGCGUGUUUGGGACGAGGCGGGGGGGAGGGUGGUUUUAUUUCCGAACACUGACUGGGUGGUCGUUCGGAGUGGUGUGUCAAAUUGGUAGGCACAAUGCAGGGUGGAGGAAAUCGGUUUUAACAUCUAUGGCCAACGCUCGCCAUUCGGGUCAUUGAGGUUGUGGAGUGUGUUUUUAAUGAAAAAUUUAAUUAUUCCACUUAUCUCUCGGUACGGCACCUGUUAACGGAAGGUAUAACAAGCAAAACAAAACCCCUUUAUAGGCAUGAUAAAACAAAAUGUGUGGCUUUUAAUUACUUUUCUGUUAGUAGAUCGACAAUUCUUGCAGUCCUAAGAUCCCAAAUAAGAAAACCACACAAAAGCAACCAUUCCCCACAUGAUCGUAAGAGCAAAAAAAGAAAACAUAUGGUGUGCUCCAAACAAAUAGAUUAGUUUUCUUAUUUUGGGUGGUUAAAAGUCCGAUAAUUGGGAAUUCUUCUGUUCACAUCUCAUUCUUUCUCUCUCGCUAUAAAAUCUCCUUCUCUCUCUCUUGCUAUUAAAAUCCCAGCCAAAAGGUACUGAAUUAGCUCAUUCCAUUCUAAAAGAACAGAAAUUGAAACCAAAACCCGACAUACUCUAGCGUCCGUCCUAUAUUUUCCCAUAAAAGAACUAAAAACAAAGAAA